GAGCUCCAGCUGUCACGGCGCGCCAAAGCUCAAACUGCGCUUCGAGAGAGCGGGUCAGGCGGGAGGAAGAGGAGCUGUGUGCGUCGAACCGGGGCCUGAAUGUGGACCUAAAGAAGCUUUUUACUUGGUGGUGUCACAGUAACUGGGCUGUCGGCGUCGGUUAUACUGAGCGGGUCUCUGUUGGGUUUUAUUCCGAGGAGACGUCCGAACAAAGAUGAGCCUCGUUGUGUCCCAGCAGCAGAAACUGGUGCAGUAGAUGUGCCCCUCACUGCCAAACCCAUCUGUUGUUGUAUCAGGCAGACGUGCUACCAGCCCAGACGACACCGGAGAGCGACUCUGACAGCGGGAUGGGCUCACCAGUCGAGGAGAUGGCCGCCGAGGCGUUGGGUGAUAAAAGAGACACACAUGCAGAUUCAGAUGACGAAGAUGACAUCACAGCCCACAGAAAACCUCGGCGUAACGCCAUCAGAGACAGCGACAGCGAGGAAGAGGAGGCAGCUGCAGAGAACAGCAUCAACAUGGCUGAGCACCUGGUGUUACCUGCCUCCAGUGGAGAGGAAGUGGAGGCAGAGGAGGAUAGGAGGAGGGAUAAAGGAGUGCUGAGGAGCAGGAGGAUCACCCAGGCUCCUGUUGACAGCGAAGACAGUGAGCAGGAGCAAGAGAAGAGGGCAGAUAUGGAGGAGGAUGGGAAGGUGAAGAAAAGGGAGAAGAGUCAAAGAAAUCGUAAGAAGAAGGGAAAACACAGCAAAGCAGUGGAAAACCUGAAGAAGAAGAAAGAUGAGAGGUUCUGUGAGGUAGAUGAGAACGAAGCUCUUCCUCGGAUUCUGAAUGACAGCGGCUGUCCUCUGGGAGAUCCAGACUUGUUCGACACUGGUCUGGAUGAUGAAGACGAGGAGGAAGAGUCUCUGGAGGCCAUUCGAGCUGCAGUUAAACAGAAAAUGAAAAAACUCAAGGAUCCUCUCCUGAAUGAAGAGGAGGAUGAAGAGUCCCCACAGAAGCCCCAGCGUGUGGAGAGGAAAGCUGCUCGCGCCAGCAGAGAGGCAAUGAAGCAGCUGCACAGCGAGUCUCAGAGGCUGGUCCGAGAGUCCACUCUGGGUCUGCCGUACCACAUCCCAGAACCCAAGACUAUCGACCAGUUCUUCAGGAAGAGAGCCCGGCCCGAGGGACCUGCCAUGGCCCUGUUGAAAUCUUCCAGGUAUUCAGAACAGAUGCUGCAGACGCCGUCAGCCCCUCCUGAUGUGGACACACCCACCCAGCCAUCUACUGAGCAGGAUGCUCCUCCCUCUAUUGAUCUCUCAUCCAAUCAGAUCCAGUCUUUACCUGAGCCUGCAGCCACCUUAUCCCCUCAACAGGAGAACGUCCAUGCAGAAGCUGCAGAGGGACCAGAACCUAAGCCGGAGUCAGGCCCAUUGCUGCUGCUCUCUGAAAGUCUGCAGGAGUCACUUGGUGCUGAUGCUGUAGAAGAACCUGUUUCUGACUGUGGAGCAGAAACCCCAGCUGUCCAUUCAGAACAGAACCAGGCGGCAGUUGCAUCUGAAGUCCAACAAACAGAACCUCAGCCAGACCCUGUUUCAGAGUCUGCAUCAGAACCUACCAAACCAAAGAAGGACAAAUUAGCUCGACUGAAGGAGCUUGGAUUGGACCCCCCACCUGUCGCCAAGCUGUGUCCAGAUGAUGGACCAUUCGUUCAGCUAGAACCUCCUCACUGUAACCCAGGUGUGGAGGCCCUGAAGGAGCGGUACCUUCGGCAUAUUCACAGGCCUGUACGUCCACCAGUAGAGCGCACCAUGCAUCUCACCAUCAUCCGCAAAGACAGCGCCCCCUCUGGUCAGGAAGAGUUGCACACAGAGUCUGUUACAGUCACUGUGAAAGAUGGAGCUGAAGAGCCAGUGGCCACCAAACCAGGAGAGAAACUGCUGACUCUGAAGCAGAGGCUGCAGCUUGCCAUGGCCCAGCGCAGAAAGGAGGAGAGGGCACGUAAGGCUGAGCUAUAUCGCCUCGACAACGAAGACUGCGAGGAGGAGGAAGAGGAGGAAGAAGAUAUGACAGAUGAGGAUGAGGGUGUGGACGACUUACUGGGAGGUGAUGGAAGGGAGAAGGAGGAAGAGGAGAGCAUGGCUCAGAGUGUCAGGAGCCUUUCUCCUGCUGCACAGACUCCUGACCUGGUUAACACAGACGGCACACUGAUGCUGUUUACCGGUAGUUCCUGUUCCCGUACAGGUGAUGGUGUAAGGAAGUCUGGACCUGCUGGCGCUGACAUCUGCAGUAAGUCCGAGGAGGAUGACGCUCUGUCCCUGGUGAAGGACAACAGUCACAACAGCAGCUUUGAGCUGGCCGAAUCCAUGAUCACCUCGUACCAGCCCGUUAAUAACCAGCGCUCAAUGGGACGAGGCGUCUCCAACAUCUCCGCCUUCCGCUCGCCUUCACCCUGCUUCUUCCGGCCCAGUAUCCUCGGCUCUGCUUCCAAGAGCUCUGGCAGACUCUCCGAGCCAUCCCUCUGCCUCCCUGUUGAGGACUCCCAGGACCUGUAUGCUCCUCCGUCCCCCGGAGCAGACUCGGGCCCCCUAGGAGGAGCAGCAUCUGGGCCAGGUCUGGGAGGAGACUCCCAGGGUCGGUUUUCCCUGGAAGAUGAUGCCCACUCCCAGCUCCUGGAUGCAGAUGGCUUCCUUAAUGUGGGGCAGCGUCCUGGAGCGCCGCCAUCCCACAAGAGACAGCUAGUCCUGGACAACCUAGAUGAGAAUGCCAUGGAUGCCAACAUGGGGGAGCUGCUGGGGUUCUGUUCAGGGGGGUUUGGGACAGCAGAGAGCAGCACUGACCGGGUCAGGGGCCUCAGGGCCUCCCAUGAGGAUGAGCUGCUUGGGUUGUGCUCUGGAGUUUUUCCCCAGACUCCAGCUGCGAGGGAGGAAGAGCCUGAUAACACCAUGGACCAGCUGCUGGGACUGUGUUCAGGGAAAUUCCCCAGUCGAGAUUCUGCUCACUCGGCUUCAGCAGCUGCAGAAAGAAGGGAGGCAAAGCCAGAUGAUGAUGAUGAUGAAGAGGAGGAGAACUGUGAGUUUCGUCUUCUGUCAGAUGUAGAAAGUGAACAGGAGGAUGAUGAUGGUGAGGAGGAUGAAGCAGAUGUCAGUGAAGAGGAGAAAAAUGAUGUGGAAGAGGAGGAGCUGCAGGGUGUGUUUGCCCACCACCGAUCAGUGAAGAAGAAGAAGAAGAAAAUGACUUUAAUGGAUUACGUGGAGUCGGAGGCAGAGCUGUCAGGAAGUGAUGUUGGCAGUGACGAUGAGGAAGGGGACAGAGGGAGCGAGUACGAGGAAGAGGAGCUGCUGGAAGAACUUCCUUCAGACGAGGAGCUUCACAACCAAGUCAACAAGAUCCACAUGAAGCAGAUCCUGGACGAUGAUAAGAGGCGCCUGAGGCUGUAUCAGGAACAAUACCUGGCCGACGGCGACCUGCACUCCGACGGACCGGGAAGAGCUCGCCGCUUCCGCUGGAAGCACAUCGAUGAUGGGUUUGAUGUGGAUGGGAUGGCCACAGAUGGAGAGGAGGAGGGGGAGGAAGAUGAUGUGGACCCGGCUGAGGUGCAGAGGAGGAAGGACAGGUUGGAGCGGGAACAGUGGCUCAGAGAGCAGACGGAGCAGAAAGCUCAGAAAGGAGAAGAUCUGGAUGCAGAUGAUAAGAUUGGAGAGGAAGAUAGUCAGUUUAUGAAGCUGGCCAAGAAACUGACUGCCAGAACUCUGCAGAGGAAAGAACCACCUGCAGCCAAUCAGACGGAGCAGAAGACCUCAGCAGCUCUGAACCCCUUCCAGAAACCUUCUCAGCCUGUACAGGUGAGGAGGGGUUCUCUCCUGAGUCAGCCUCAGGCCGUCCUGCAGAAACUGGCCAACAUCUCCGAUGGGAAUCCCCUGGCUCCCAGGAACACCAGAGGAUUCCUGUUUCAGACUCUUUCCCCGGAGAAGGUCAAUGCUGCAUCAAACGGACCUCGGAACCAGGUGGUGAGGAAGAGGAGCCAGGUGGAGGUGGUGAACCCUGCAGCCAAGAGGCCGUGCAGAGGGACCCAACCUGCUGGACACACCAAGAACUCUCAGAGGAGCAUCUUCAGCUUCCUGGACCACUGACGAGGAGCAGCGGCUGUUUAACAUCUGACCUCCUCAGACUGCUGCUCACUGGUGUUAAUCUUCAUCGUCUGACCUAAACUGCUUCAGUUUGAAUGUUUCAUCCUGUAAAUAUCGCCUGAUUUGAACUGUUUUUACAGUGUAAAUAAAAGUGUAUUUUAA